CCUGGUCGUCUCUGAAAUCAAUCUAUUGUUUGCAUUAAUUUGAUUGUUGUUUUAAGAAAACGGACAGGCCCUACGCAAAUACUCUCCAUCAGAAACUACGUUUGACAAUUGUGUGGAGACGAGAGCAUCUUUCCAGUGCUGUUUGUCUCUUUGUGCGCCUGCCUCUCUCGUUUGUGGACACAACACGGACGAAUAAACAAAGCCGGUUAGCCUAUUCGAAUCACUCAGUGAGCUCGACAGUGAAGGAGAAACUCCCAGGCUACAGGCACAGUGGUACUGAAGCAUCAUCCUCCAGAGAGCACCGGCAGCGAGCACGCAGCUGAGGAAUCCGCCCAGACCGCGGUCUUCGCCAGCUCCACAGCGCACAGAGCUGGUGCUGAGCCCGGACGACGCACCGGCGACUGGUUCUGCUGCUGGCUCGCCUCUUUGCUUCCUGUGUCCCACCGUGCUGCAGCGUUAAUUACUAUUACAGCAGGCUACAGUAUUGCUGGGACACCGCGCACAAAAACUUGACAUUAUUUUGCCACGGAGCUGCGACUUGUACAACGAAGCUUUUGAGAUAUACCGAAUAUAUAUCUUUUACAUUAGGUUUUUUUUAAAAGUGAUUUCUCUUUUGAGAAUAAUAAUUGAUAAAAGAAGACGUGUUUUAGAGACACAAACGGAUUGAUGCAUUCGGGGCUGUUUUAGGAGGAGAGAGCGCACACAUUAUAAUAGGGCGAGAUUGGCUUUUCUGUCGCUUCGGAUUGAAUGAAACUGCAAGUAAAAGAUAAAUUCAGCGUAUUCGAAAACGGAUGUUUUUUCACUGCCUUUAAGCAAAAGCUUCUCUUGGUAUUUUCUUUUUUUUUUCUUAAUACGAAUCCAUUUGAUUCCAAUCCCAUAUUUUGUAGUGGCACCUGCAUUUCCGUGGCUUUUGCGCUGUCUGGCAAAAAAGAGACUUCAUCCGACAAUUCCCAAAUUAUUUUCAACAAGUUAUAUUUUCCCCUUUUACUAUUUUUUUUUCUUUUAAAAGCUUUUAAGAAAUACGAAUGCUACAAUAGGACAUACCAGAAUCUGGCUGAAGUAUGGGACCUUAGCAGCUAUUUUGGAAAAAGGACGUUUCGUUUUACCCCCCAAAAACCCAACCAACACAACAAAAUACGCAUUUUAUAGCAAGUGCAUUUCUUUGUUUGUUUGGGAGAAUGGCGAUCAACACAGACGCCCAGUUUGAGAAAACUAUGUUGAACGAAAGCGGGACGGCUCUACCCAGCGACUCUCAGGAAACGGAGAAACUCCUCAGUACUGCCGCCACCGCGGAACCCGCAGAGGAGAACGGUGUCAAGCUCUCCCACUCCUUCACCGUCAACAUCGCCGGCGACAAGCCGCAAGAUGCGGUCCAAAACGGGCACAGCGCGCCGCUGAGGUCUGGGUCCGCAGGACAGAUUGGAGGCGCUCCGCUCUCCCCGUCUCGAAUCAGCUUAAGCCGCGCGUCCUCCACGGGGAACACCGCUCAAGACCAGUCCAAGCCACGGGACUACCUCUUUUUGGCUAUUCUGUCCUGCUUCUGCCUGGCGUGUCCCGUCAACCUCAUCGCCCUCGUGUACUCAAUCAUGUCCAGGAACACACUGCAGCACGGGGACGUGGAUGGAGCCAGAAGGCUGGGCAGAGUGGCCAGGACACUCAGUAUCAUCUCCAUAGUGUUGGGGAUCUUCGUCGUCACCAUCUACGCUGUGGUCACAGCUCUGGGCUAAGUCCGAGGGAGGAGGCUGAAAGGACAGAAAAAAAAAAACCUAGUUUGUUUCGCUCAUCUGUAAAAUAAAACGGAAAAUCAAGAAACAAGAUAAAAGAAUUUCCGUCCGUCGCACAACACUGUCCCUGCCCUGCAUAGAACAUCCAGCCGCCACUGCUUCUGGACACGAGGCGACAGAUCUAAAAGCAUUCAAGUCCAUAAGCCAAUAACUAUAGGCAAUCAAAUCGGAAACCAGAGCAAGAAAUGCAUGCGUUUAGUUACCAUCUGCUUGACGGAAAGAAAGAAAAACACAAAAGAACAAAAAAAAUCAAUAAUUAAUGCCAAUACAAAUAAUGUGAUUUUAUUUUUUUUCAGUCAGAGGCUGAAGGAAGCAGGAGGAGGGAAUCAAGUGAAAGGAUGUGUUCUUUAGAGCAGGGCACACUGGAAAGGAAACAAAACUGAAAGGAAACAAUUGGUUCGAAGUUUUGAACAGAGGGACCAUGCAGUUGGAAUAUUGUAUACUAGUUGACUGACAUAUUGCACUAACAACUAUAGAAAACUAUAGAAAUAUAUCAAUAUAUCCGGUAUAUAUUCACGUAAAAACGAUGUUUGUGUGCAGAGGUACUGUAGAAUGGGCAGCAGGAAUACGAGGAGAAUAUUUUCAGAGGACGCCAUCCUGGAUAAGGAUGACUACUAAAGCAGCUGGGGUUGAGGGGUUUGUCUAGUCAGCGGAAAGGGAUUAAGUCAACAUUAGAGGGGUUUUUUGUAUUUUUUGAUGAAAAAAAAAUGACCACUUGCAUGCUUCUUCUGGAUGUAGAUACGAAAGUCGUCGUUUUUUUUCCUGUUGUCACGGGGAGCUGGAGCAGAGAGCCCACUGGGGGGUGGUGAAGAUUCUGGGAACUCUGCUGGCCGGAACCAUCCUUCGUGAACACACCUCGGACCAGAGAGGUCCUGCUCGCUCUCCCACUGGAGGAAUGGACAGGGGUGGGCGUGCUUUAUAUUCUGAAAAUCUUUUAACUGCUGGUUGUGUGCCACUGUGGUCUGGAGAGCACUGCUGCUGUGCUCCAUUGUCCUGGCUUGAAAUAUCCCAAACACGAGGACGCUGGGUGAGGCUGGAAGGAUCAGGUUGACGGACGCCUACAGGAAGCCCCCUGGAGUAAUACAGUACAAAUACUGGGUACCUCCCUCUUUCCCCACUCUUACACAUCUCACAGCAGGUUCCAUUUUUUUUGUGCCUCUGGUCUCUCUGAGCUUCAGCUGAAUAUCCCUUCCCCUCACCCAGUACUGGUACAGUAUGUAUACAGCAUAUACUGUAGGCAUGCUCAAAGCAUAUACUUCUGUUAAUAUUGCUGUGGUAAGUCUUGCAAGAAACUCUGAGGAUAUCCCACAGCACUGAAACUACUAAUCCUGUCACCUGGUGUUUCGUGUUUUGAAAGUGUGACACACCACCCCACAAAGACUUGUAUCUUGUAUAUGUACACCUACAGUAUGUUUAUUGGUAAAAAAGGAAGAUGAUGUUGUCUCCAAAUAGGCCCGGAGUGAAGCACUUAAGCUGACCGAGAGUCGAGUUGUUGGGCACAGUUUUAAACAAAUGUCUUUCUGCAUGUUCAAAUACAGAAGAGGAGCAACAAAUUUCACUGCAAUUGGAAGAAAUAUUAAUAAGAGCCAUCCUGAUAACAAGUUAAGGUGAAUAUGUUACACAAGCACUUUCUUGUGCAGAUAUAACAUUAUGGACCAGCGUGUGCACAUAAAAUAUUUGACCUUAGAAUGCCCUUUUUUCCUCAAACUUUCCUGCAGAUUUUGUCGCAUUAUAAGCAUGUGUAUAAACAAGUCCCUCACAAGAGAUACUUAACCUUCCCUGUAGAAGUGGACUUAAAGGGCAAAAAAGGUUGCAUGAAAGGAAAUUCUUCUUGCGCUACAAUGAAUAGAAUGCAUUCUUGCCUGAGUUCAUUACUUGUAAGAGACAAGAAUUUAUACCGGGUCAGGUUAAGUAAGACAUUGGGGGCUAUCUCAUGGUUAACCUCAUGGAACUCCUUGGAACUAUGUAGUCAUGCACAAAAAUGGCACAGCUUUCCAAAUACCUGGUCAUUUAUUGUGAUAGUCACGUGUGUGAAGUGUCAGCUUCUUGUAGCUCUGUUGUCUGUGGAAGUUCAUGGAAGAAUGCUUUCUUCCAGUGUGGUGUAAUAAUUAGUGUAGCACUUUAAAGGAACAACAGACUUUGUCCAGUAGCCUAAAGGCCCAAAACUAAGGUAGCAGAAAAUGCAUGAAAAACAAUUAUAUCAUUGUGAAGCAGGAGACUACCACAGCAGAUGAAUUAUGGAAACUUGUGUGCCAGUUAGAUCUAAUGUUGAGAAAGCCAGUCAAGCCAGACCUUUGACUUCAAUAUUUAUUUCCACAUUCAUUCGUGAUCAGUAGUAAUUUUUUACUCUAGAUGCACUGCUACACAGUUUCAUUAGAGAGGACAGCAUACAGAAAGUUUGUGUUAAUACAUGAUUUUAUAUUGACUUUUUUCCUGAAUUCAGAAACCUGAAUGCAAAUGUGUGUCGUAAAGCACUUGGAUGUGAGGAAUGGAGUAUCACUGUGGUUCUUCACUAUUCUGUUUUUUAAUCUAUUAUCAGAGCACAUGCUGUAAUCAAUUUUGGCUGUAAACGGAAAGCUUUGUUUCCCCUUUCCUCUUGGGAGAUCAGGGUCUGAGUGUGUAAACUGACGAGUUCUGUACUGAACAGUGGUGUAAGUCUUCUCCUAUGUAUCUGUUGGUCUGCCAGUCUCCUCUCUCCCCUGUACAGGAAAUUAGUAGGGGGACACAAUGUGGGAGGUGGAGAGUUUCAUCUGAGUAAGAGAUACCAACUGGAUGAUUUUCAAGAACCCUUCAGUGAUCAAGUGAUCAGAAUAUUCCCAAAGUGCAAAGCAGGAAACAGUGAAGCUGGAUGUCUUUGAAGAAAAUUACAGGUAUAGCAAAAGACUCAGUUCCACUGGCACGUGCUGUAAGAAACUUCCUGCUACCUGCAAGUGCUUUAGAAAGAACUGACACAAAGACGUUGCAUUUGUCUGGGCGUGACAGCUGUAAAACUCCCACUCGUAAGAAUCUCGGUGCAUGGCUUGCAUUGGGUCCGAGCGAGAGCCCAGACUCGGUCGCAGGAGCGUACUGACCCGGGUUCAGCACGAGAGCUGGCAGCUGUUUGGAAACCUCCCCGUUUUCAUCGUUCAGCCAGAAGACUGUAGAGAUGAGAAGGCUGUAGCUUCCCUGACUGCCCUUUCGCUAGUACUUGAGUGUCAGCUGACAAAUGUAAAUGUGUGUACUUUCCUUUUUUAAAAAAUUUUAUUACUUCCCUUUGAAUGUUUUAUAUUUUUGGGGGUGUACUGUCCGCAUGACUGGAAUAAACAUUAACAUGCAUGGUCA